CAGUGCUGAGUGGAGGUGGGAGUAUGGGAGGGUGAGGGGUGAAGGCUGAUUUCUGAGUGUUGUUUCUGUGGGGGGCAAUUUCAUACUAUAACCCGGAAAACAGGGUCCCAAUCCACUCUGAGAUCCCAGAUGGCCCCUGUCCUGUUCGCACCCUCCCCCAAGGGCCUCUUGCUGCCUGGGGCAGGGGCAUUGGUGUUAGAGUUAGUGGCUACUCUUAGCCCACACUGGCUGUUUUCCACAGGAAACAGGACCAGAGGGACAGAACAGGAAGGAAGCAGAUGGGUGUGGAAGCAGGGCUGGGUGGCGCAGGACUUCUGAAGGGGGCUGGGAGGUGCCUUGCAGGGCUGGGAAGCAAUAUAACUGUUACAGUCCAAAUUUUGUUCCCAACCGCAAAGCUGGGUCUUAUAAAGAGGACUGAGAUUUGGUGAGGCCCUCCUGUGCCCAGCUGCAGUCAGAUUCCAUCCCAGAUCUCCAAAGCAGCCUCUUCCUAGAAUAUCCCUUAGUUUUCUAAUGUAACCUUAGGUAGGUUGACCUCAGUUUGUUUCUUUGUUUCAACUGGAAAAUGGGGUAACAGAAACUACCUGAUAGGAUUGUUAUGAGGAUGCAUAAUAUUAUGUAAAAUGCUAAUAUAGUCCCUUGCACAGAGUAAACGUCAUAGAAAAGUUGCUCUGGUUAUUUUUCUUCGGAGGGUAUUGUACAUACCUGCCCAGAGCUCUGGCCUCGUUCUCCCUGGUCUCAUCUCUGUCUUACCCACUGGGCCAUGAGCUCCUUGAGGGCAGGGCCCAUUCCUUUUCUACUUCAGUAGUCACCCCCACCCCUCAAGAUACUGUGGUCCUGCUAGGUCUGGCCCAGAGGAGGGCUGAAGAGAUGUAUUUAGAAUUAUCCGAUGAAACUGGAAAUUGCUGCUCUAGACUUUGUCACCAAUGUCAGUGCUGAACUCUGGCUGGCCCCACCGAGGGGAGAGCCUCACCCCUUGGGAGCUAGGUCCGCCAGCCGACUCAGACACUGACCCAGGCCACUUGCCCAAGGAGGAUCCUGAGGAAACUUCUGAGCAGGACCCUGAAAUUCUGAGCUUGGGGCUUCCUGGCUUGGACACCAACUGGGCCCCCAACCAGCCUGGGCUUCGGAUCCUCCUGCAGCAGCUGCCUCCACAGGACAGCGACGAGCGCUACUGCCUGGCCCUUGGGGAGGAUGAGCUGGCAGAGCUGCGGCUCUUCUGUGCUCAGAGGAGGCGGGAGGCCCUGGGACAGGGGGUGGCCCUCCUGGUACCUCCCGAGCUGCCAGAACACACCUGCGAGAAGCUGAGCAUCCGCGCCCGGCAGUGCAGGGAGCGGCUGAGGCCAGGGGAGGACGGAGUGUUCGCAGCCCGGGCAGGGGAGCGGCGCUACUGGCACCGGGCUUGCUUUGCCUGCCAGGCCUGCGGCCAGGCCCUGAUAAACCUCAUCUACUUCUACCACGACGGGAGUCUUUACUGCGGCCGCCAUCACGCAGAGCUGCUGCGGCCGCGCUGCCCGGCUUGUGACCAGCUGAUCUUCUCCCGGCGCUGCACCGAGGCGGAGGGACGGCGCUGGCACGAGAACCACUUCUGCUGUCAGGACUGCGCCGGGCCCUUGGGCGGGGGACUUUAUGCCCUGCCGGGGGGCGGCCCCUGCUGCCCCAGCUGCUUUGAGAGUCGCUAUUCGGUUUCCGGCUCGAGCCGGGCCCAGACACUGGAAGGGGAGGCGGGUGUUGACAGAGUUGAAGAAAGGGACCGCACCCCGCUGGAUGCCGCUACGGUCUCCCGAGCUGCCCUUCUCGCCGCUGCCCCCCGCUCCAGUCUGGAAACCCAGAGGGAGCUGCUUGGAUCCAGUCCAAGGCAGCAGCGUCGAACGGGGGACAAGGUGGAGGCACCCACAGGGCGGGAGCAGGGCCGCCUGGAGACGCCCCUCGAUGCCUGCCCCACCUGCUCCUCUUCUUCUGACUCGGAACCCGAAGGCUUUUUCUUAGGCCAGCGUCUUCCCGGGCCCUGGAAGACCCCCAGAAGCCUCCAAGCUGGGGACAGCGACACCUCCAGGAAGCACUGCACCAUUUGCUAGUGGCGCAGCCCGGAGACGGGGGAGGGGGUGUGUGAUCUGUGAGGUGGGAGAACGAGGCCCUCCUCCCCCUAUAAAAAUCCUAGACUGAACGCAGUCAAGGGCACGCCUGGGAGAGGCGGCGAUACCACAAACUUGGAGUGCUCCCUCUUAAGCCUGCGUAUUCUAUGACUUCUGAUGGAGACUUUCUUGGGGAACCCCACCCCCCAAAGCUACGCAUCCCCUGCUGAGCUAACCCCUAUCCCCACC